UUGUUGAAAUCGCCAGUGAACAAUAUGCGCUCCAUAAUUUUUAACCUUAUUGUCGUCUUGACUUUGAUAUCCUGUAUAUGGGGUAAAACUUAUAAUCGCUGCUCUUUGGCUAGAGAAAUGCAUGCCAUGGGUGCACCGAAAUCGGAAUUGGCCCAAUGGACUUGUGUGGCUAAAUACGAAUCCUCAUUUCGUACUGAAGCAGUAGGACCCACCAAUGCAAAUGGUUCCAAGGAUUAUGGAAUUUUUCAAAUUAACAGCAAAUAUUGGUGUAAACCCAACUCUGGACAGUCCCACAAUCAAUGCAAAGUGGGCUGUAAUGAAUUGUUAAGUGAUAAUAUUAGGAAGUCGGUGACAUGUGCACGUAAAAUUAAAGCCCAACAAGGCUGGGGCGCUUGGAUGGCUUGGAGAAAACAUUGUAAUCGUGCCUUGCCCAGUAUUGAUGAUUGUUUUAAAUGAUUCGAAAGGAGAAACCAUAUGAAGAGCAUUAAAUAACAAAUGAUUGAAGAUUUGUGUAAAUGAUUGAAGUAAUUGUAGACAGAAUAGAAAAGUAAAUAAUAAAACUAACAAACUAACCUUGAA